GAAAGAGAGAAAGAGAGAGCUCCUUGAUGCACUAAGUGUUGUGACCGGGGUGGACCGUUAUUGUCACAGUGUGCGGAGCCAAUACAACCGUCAGAGCCGGGGUUUUUUUUUCUUGCGGGGACACAAAGGCAAAAGACAGAGACAUCCAGCCGAAAUGGGGAAGGUGGAAGGAGGAAUGAAAUGUGUGAAGUACCUUUUGUUCGUGUUCAACUUUAUAUUCUGGUUGAUGGGAUCCUUUGUUCUGGCAGUGGGACUGUGGCUGCGUUUUGACCCAGAAACUGUGUCUCUGCUCAAUGGUGACAAGGCCCCAGACACUUUCUUCAUUGGUGUGUAUAUUCUGAUAGGAGCUGGGAGUCUGGUGAUGUUGGUUGGUUUCUUUGGCUGCUGUGGCGCUGUUCGGGAAUCUCAAUGCCUACUGGGUUCAUUCUUUGCCUGUCUGUUGAUCAUCUUUGGUGCUGAGGUGGCAGCAGGGGUGUUUGGAUUCCUGAACAAAGACAAGAUUAUCGAAGACGUUCAGAAUUUUUAUGCGACAACCUACAAUGAAAACAAUAACAGCACACUGAUCAUGUCAUACCAGAAAAUACUGAACUGUUGUGGAACCACAGCAAACCCCUGCCCUGAUCCCAAACCAGACAGCAAGGACUGUGAGACAGGCAUCAAGGACUUCUUCAACAGUAAGCUCUACAUCAUUGGGUAUGUGGGCAUCGGCAUUGCUGGAGUCAUGAUCAUUGGGAUGAUCUUCAGUAUGGUGCUCUGUUGUGCCAUACGCAACAGCAGGGAGGUCAUCUAGACUUGGACUAGUUAGACCUUUGACUUCUACCCCCCUCUGCUCCUGUAGCCAGCCCCAAAAGACUGUACAGCCUUCAGAUCAAAUGUUGACAUCUGUCCAUCAUUCAUCCAGGGACCCAGGAAAUAGACUAGGUUCAGUAAGUUCCUCUUCACUAUGGUGCUCAACCCAGGUGCCCUGGCCCGAUAUUCCAUAAUUUUUUCUGAAUGUUUCUUCAUCUAUUUUCUAUCAUGAGCAAAGUUGCAUAAUCUUUCUGAUAAGAUGUAUAACAUUCACAUAUCCAGUGGGAUCAGUAUAAUUUUCUGAGUCUGUCAAAUUGUUUUUUUCCCCUCAUGGCCAUUUGGCUAGCUCUACAAAUUUUAACCCACAUACUGUCGCAGUAGUGUCAAUGCUUCUUCACACUUUCUUGAUACUGACCACCUGGCUGUGGGAAAUUUUAGACCGAGAGAGCAAUCUGAGGUGAAAGCAGCUGAGUUUGCUUGUCUGUGCACACACAAACAUGCGUGCACAGACACACAAGCACAGCAAUGUUGUGUUAUGUGAGACCCAAGCCUUGCUAGGGAACCCUGAUAGGUGGAAUCUGAGUGGGGUGUCAAGAGAGGGACUGGCCAGCGAAUGCCUCGAGCAUGCAUUCAUCAUGCAGCACCAGCGCUCUUACUCACACACUACAGUUUAAACUGUAAAAUCAAAACAGAUUGCUCUCUAAAAACAUUUUGGAGAAUUCACUUUCUUGCCGAGAGUUAGAUCAGAACAUUCAUAGCACUCUCAUGUCUGCACGGUAAAUAUGAAGCUACAGCUAUUCACUUACCUUAAUUUAGCAUUUAGUUCAGGAUGAAACAGCUAGCCUGGCUCUAUUCACAGGAAAGAUGGAGAUGGUAACCUUAAGACCUUUCAAGGGGGGUUUGAUUACCUUUGGGCAGAGCCGGGCUAGCUGUGUCACUUAUUUCUGGUCUUUAUGUUAAGCUAAGCUGACCAACUUCUGGAUGUAUCUUCAUAUGUACUGUACAAACAUGAGAGCGGUGUGAAUUUUCUCGUCUUACUUUUAGCAAGAAGGUGUAUGAGCUCUAUUUCCGACAAUGUCAAACCAACUAUACCAGUGGUUUGCACAAUUUACAACCAAUCAUGCAUACUUUACAUUUGCAAACAAUGCUGCCAUGAUGUAGAAGUGUAAACUGUGAUGGAUUACACUAAAAAAUGGCUUUUAAAAAAUGGUCAGCAAAAUAUAAAGUGUACAUGAUUUAUAGUGAACAAGUUAAACUUGCAGACAUACUGGUAUGGUAUUGGUAAAGUUGUUUUUGGUUUCUUUGACUCGCCUUGGUUGAAUUAGGGUCUGUUCGAGCAACUAGGUGACAUAAAUACCACAUUUCCCCAGCCCAUGUAAUAUAUAUGUUCUCUUACUUAAUAUUACCCCUGAGUAACCUUGACUGUAUGUCAAGAACAUCAUGGGGACAUGUUUACAGGCUAAACACAUACUCGACAGUCAACUGAGAAUAGGCACUGGGGCUGUAAAUUUCACUCUUCCCACUACCAUCUUUUUCCCCUCUGUGCCUUAAACGUACAUCGCCCACAACAAAACCAAAACUGAGAGUUGCCCCCUGUAUCCCGCUCACAUCAUCAACCUCAGCAGAUAAGUGGGCUGGAAACCCAUGCCCAACCUGGAACCACUUUCAUUUAUUAAUUAUGUAGGGUUUAUUCCAAGUGUCAGGAUUUCAGUUUGUAAAUAUGUGUGAUUUUUCUUCUAGUUGUACAUUAUUUGUGGCUGAUGUGAUACUAUUUAACAUGCUGUGUGUAGACAGAGGCUUGCAGUAGUUGUACAGUGUUGUAGUCAUGACAGUGUUUGCAGUAGUCAAAGCAAAUCCACACAACUAAACAGCUUCUUAACGUGCCUUUCUUUGAUAACAAGUUAUUUUUGAACAACAGGCUGUCUGAACAUAGCAAAAGAACGAAGCAAAGGUGUACAUUUGUAGAGUUGGACUGCAAUUAAGUGUCACACACAUUUGAUGAGUAGCACAUAUACUUGCCAUUAUUAUUUUUUUGGUGUGUUUUAAAGUGUCACCCGCGACUGUGUCGUCUGUGUCGUGCCAAGAGAGGUGAAUUGGUGAAAGCAAACAAACUAUUUCAAAAACCUCUUGGUACUCUUUUUUUUUUUUUUUUACAUUUUAGUGUAAUGAAACAGAAGUGAGGAGACAACAAAGGCUUAUGUACCACUUCAUGUUGUUGGGAUGCCAGUAGGCCGUGUUUACUCUGAGGAGGCGAUACAAGAGUCAGACUGUCACUUCAGAGUCUCCGGUGAGUUAAAAUAGGAAGAACUAGGAGCAGUUUAGUGCAACUUAAUCCAAGAAGCUGUUGCUUUGUUCCUUCUGAGCAAAUCUGGGCAUGUAAAGUACUGUGCACGUAAAAAGACACUGUGUACACAGUUGAGCCUUUCAUAGAUGAUUGUGUGUUAAUUUAUUUUAAUACCAUUCCAGGCUUCUCAGGAAGAUAGGUGUUUGAAAUUGAAUAAAGCUUUGAAAGUUUUA